GGCCGUCGCUGCCUUGCAGCAGCUGUGACGGAGAUGGUUAAAAAUAGCAGCGGCGGCGAUGGCUGCCCGGUGCCGCCUGGCCGCGCGCUUCCACCACGUCCACGGCACCAACGUCCGCCUGGACGCCUCGCGCACGCGGGCCACCCGGGUGGAGAGCUUCGCCAACGGGAUCUGCUUCAGCCAGGAGCCGCUGGCGCCUGGGCAGAUCUUCCUGGUGGAGAUCGAGGAGAAGGAGCUGGGCUGGUGCGGGCACCUGCGCGUGGGGCUGACGGCCCUCGACCCCCAGAGCCUGGAGGUGGUGCCCGAGUACUCGCUGCCGGACCUGGUCAACAUGGGGGACACCUGGGUGUUUGCUAUCACCCGGAGCCACAACCGCGUUACGGCAGAGGGGGAGGAGGCACCGGUGCGGGCACGGGGUCCCCCCUGGGAGCCCUUCCUGCUGAUCGAGCAGGUGAGGAUCCCCCGUGACACGCUGGUGGGACGCAGCAGGCCCGGGCGCUACAGCCACAUCCUGGAUGACCUGUACAAGAUGAACGUGCUGCCUGCGACCGCCCGGCGCAGUCGGAUCGGCGUGCUGUACGCCCCGCAGCCCGAUGGCACUGCCGACAUGCACAUCAUCAUCAACGGAGAGGACAUGGGGCCAAGUGCCAGGCGCCUGCCCAUCACCCGCCCGCUCUAUGCCGUGGUCGAUGUCUUCGCCUCCACCAAGAGUGUCCGGGUCAUCCCAGUGGAAUACGGCUUUCCCUCCCUGCAGACUCUCUGCCGACUGGUCAUCCAGAAGCACAUUGUCCACCGCUUGGCCAUUGACGGCCUGGACCUGCCCCCGCUGCUGAAGAGCUUCUGCAAACAUGAGUGAGGUGUCGAGGGCGCUGCCCCAGGCUGUCCCGCGUGCCGACAGCCCCACCAGAGAUGGCCAGCAGGCUGCCUGGGCUCUAUGCCCCCCACUGCCCCCUCCACCUCCCGGGACCCACUGGCAUGCGGCCCCCUCGCCCCAGGGUGAGUGGAUGCACAGCAUAUGCUGCUGAAGGGCCGACAUGAGAGCAUGGGCAGCAUGGCAGAGCAUCAGAGGGACUUCACUCCGUGCAGAUGGGUGUGACAGGGCCAGUGUGCAGGCAGGAGGGUGGUACUGGGCAGAACGAGCAAUAAAGAGAUUCCAGCCAGAAAGCAAAAACACUCUGGGGAGUGCUGGUACACAGAGCAAGGCAGGGGCAGCGGGGAUUGCUGCCUGACCUGCACCACAGCCUCCUGCCAUCAGGGCUGUGCUAACCAUCGGUGCUGCCCGGCUCCUGUCUGGGAGACAAAGCUGCAGCUUUGGGUUUUUUUGUCCUCAGCCAAGGGGACUUUCUUCCCCUUCCACGUCAGGGCAUUUCACGUGGCUGCAGGGGCUGCUUCAGGGGACCUGCCUUCCAGUAAGGUGGGAAGAGUCCCAUCAAAGACAGGCUUGGGGGGAUGGGACCCCCCCCCAUGCUUCAGCAGCCCCCCUUCCAGCAAGGAACAAGGAAUGAAGCUGGGCACGUGAACGAAGCUGGGAUCAGCCGGGUGGAUCAGAGCAAGGGCCGGGCCAGGCGCAGCGUAGGAGGGAACAGCCUGAUGCUCACACAGAGGGUAAAUUACAGCCAAGCGCUUGUCCCAGCCAGGCAGUUUCGUUCUUGGGAAAGAUGUUUACCCUGAGAGUGGGGAUGAGUUAUUUCCUGUGCUCCCAGCGGGGAGGACGCUGGAGGGAAACCCACAGCACCCAGGGAGCCGUGCUACAGCACUCAUUGCUCAGCCACAGAGCCAGUCAUGGUGACCUUGCUGGCUGGGGAGGGGAGCCCUGCACUCCGCGGCUCCAGGAGUCGGCACCAGGCCCUCCUCUAGACGCCUCAUCCUCCGGCUGGUGGGGAUGGCAGCUGGCAUUACUGCAGCGCCUGUGCCAGGCUGGGAAGGGAGGCAGGGACAGAGCUGUGCAGAGCAAGAGGCAAAGGGAAGAGCCCUCCAAAAACUGGAGGGGUGCCCACACAUGUCAGGAAGAGAGAUGGCGAGGGGGCCAGCAGGCAGGGCCUUCCAGGCCUCUUCUACAGCACAGCGGAGGGGUGAAACAAGCAGCUCCAAGUUUACAGAAAGGUGUUUUAGGAAACAAUACACUACAUUUAGUCAGAGGGAUUUGAUAGUAUCAGAUAAUGUUACAAAACCCUCAAUCAAGAGGAAAUCCCCAACCACGCAGCAGUCCUACUCCUGUGACAGGCCAACUCUACCGAAACCAAAGUGUUAACAAAGGCAGUGCAGAUUAGAGAAAACACUAACGGUGACUGAACCACAGCAAUGAGGGCUCUGACGCCCCCCCCCCCACACAUCCCAGCACGACAGGAUUUGGAGCUGUGGGUGCUGGGGUUGUUCUCACUGGUGAGAGGGGAUGGGGAGCUCACCCAGCCUGAGAGCAACGCCCGAGGGCCAGGGCUUGUUUGCUCUUCUCGGUAUUUUUUCCUCCCCCACGCCAUGUGUUUAAAGCCUUUGCUCUCCACCUCACCGCAGCUUUGUUUGCA